AUGGCGUCUAAAGCGUGCACUCUCUUGUUCAUUUCACUCACUCUUACAUGUAUGAGAUCAGUGAGCAUACCUAAAGCCGAAGCAAAGUACAUAAGGUACCAUAGCUGCCAUACUGUAAAAGACUGCAUUAAAGAUAUAGAUUGUCUGAUUGCACCGGUUCAAUGUUUAGACUCACGGUGUACGUGUAUACUACCAGACCCAAGCAGAGAAAACCUUAACCUCAAACCAGCAGAGACGCCAAUUGUAAUAUGGUGCAAGUCACCAGAUGAUUGUGAAGAUAAGCUCGUUUGCAUUUCCGGAAAUUUAGUCUGUAAAAAUUCACAAUGUCACUGCUUAGAUGGUUAA